UUCUUCAGCUGAGCAACGACGACGCGUCCACAUCCACUUCAGCCGUUACGUUCGAUACGCCGAGAGAGCUGUUACGCGCGUUACGACCGUAGUGUGAACAUAGCUUCAACUUCGCUGAAAAGUGACGCACAUCCGGUGACCCAAGGUGUGUGCCAGACAGCAGCCACCAGCAAGUUGUCGAUUCGUGUACACAUCUCCAGUGGCCUUAUCGGUAGGACCUGCCGCCUGCGCACACCUAGUGGCCAAGCUAGUGAACAACUUGAGUGACUGGACGUAUCCUGACUUUUCUCUCCACCGCAUAGAAUGGACAUAUGCGUCACGAUGAAGACUGUCGGAGCACUGUUGCUGCUUUCAACGCUGGUUUCUACACAGGAGGCCGCAAAAUUCGGCGAGUGCACAUUCCCCGGCGUGGACCUGGAGAAAGAGGUGGACGCGUUCCUGCAGCGGCUGCCGAUGUCCUACGAAAUCCCGAAAUCGGAAGGCGGCGAGCUGCUGCCGGGGCUGCACAUUGGCAACACUACCCUGCUGGGACUGUCCACACUGGCGAUGCGUGGCGCCCCGCGGCCGUUUUGCCGCAAGGGCAAGCCGAUGCUCGAAGUCCCCGUGAGCACGCAGGGAGCGCUGCGUUUCGUGGCGCCGUGGAGGUACUGCAGUGGUCACUCUGGCAAGGUGUCGACAACCUCUAGCUAUGUUACACUCAACGUCCUAUUCGAGGUGACGGAAAGCGGGCUGGUUCCGGUGGACGUGUGGCUCACCUGGCUGGAGGGAACGUACGUGUUGCUGCACGGUGCCUCGGAUGCUGGCAGCAUAGCGGCCGCGGUGCUCACCAAGCUGCUGCCGUCCGUCGUCAGGGACUUCUGGGUCGAAGAGGUGGCCUGGCGCUCGAGUUCCGUAUUCCAAGCAAUCACCGCUAAAAGGAACAACUAAAAAGCCUCAACGCAUGCCCUGCUAUGUUGCUUUAACAUUUCCCUUUUGUAAUUUGCUGACACACCUGACUCUUACGCUGCAACAGAAUAUAAAUGCUCUUUUUUGAUUAAACAUCUACAUGCACUCUA